AUUUUCAACAUCUGAAAGAAAGAAUCUAGACGACGACAAUGGUGGAGAAGAGCCAAAUCCCUGAAAACAACACCACUUCUUCGUCGGCGAAGAAACCGACGCCGGAGAUUGGAUCGGGUUCGAGUAAAAGGUAUUAUAACCCGCCCGAGUCGGUGAAUCCGGAUCAGGCGACUUUAAGGGAGCAAUGGAAAUUCGCAAUGCGACAAUACAGUAAAUGGUACUCACAUGCUUGGGGAAGUGCGAUUCUCGCCGGAGGAGUCUUCUUCGGACUCGGUUGGAUCAUCAAGGGCUCUAAUCCUCUUCCUUCUCUUCAAUCGAGUUCUAAGCAUCGCGAUGAAGAAAAAUGAUUCCGCGUCUGCGUUUUUUUUUCUGGUGAGAUUCGUUUUGUUCAAAUUGAGUAUCUUAAUUCUUAUGGUGUAGAAUUUCUUCUUGAUUAUGAGUUUAGGAUUAGGGAAUUGGAACUAAGUUCGUGUUUGUUCUAAUGGACAUUUUAGGAUUGUUAUAGCUUAUAUAGGUCAUUUGAUUUUAUUGAACUACGCUUUUUUAGAUCCUUAGAUAUCGAAAUCUGUAUGGACUCUGGUUUUUCCUACUUGUAGAUGAUUCAGCUCAGAAUCUAGUUUUCUUUGAGCCGAAUAUUAUCCAACUUUAUGCAGAUUUUUGGAAGAAAUGAAGAUGGUUAUGUUCA